UUUAUCUCAACGCACAGCUUAUUUGUCACCAGUCAGUGCUCAGAUACGUAUUCGUAACCACGCGUUUUUUCUCCUCGCGCGAUUUUAUCCUUUGAAAGUUUCCCACGUUUUCUAAAUGGCUAAAUUCGUUAAUUACUGUGACUUCCUUUCUCCUAACUAAAUCAGUGUUUUGAGAGACAACAGUUCCAGCUCUUGGGAUCCGUGGACUGUAUUCGUUUAAGAUUAAUUCUGGUGGCAGCAUACAUGCAUCGAUUUUCGAGCAAUCUGUUCCAAAAAAUGACCAUUACAUUAAUGUACAGAGUAAACCCGAUUUACUAUUCCGACUACUCCGAUACGAUUUAGGACUGCAUCUGAAGUUAUUUCAGAUAAAACACGUUUUCUGCCAUUGGCUCUAUCAUUUCGAAUACUAUAAGUUCGGGGUCUAUCCACAAGAUAUCACCUGACCAAUAGCUAUCCAAAAGUUACGAGAAAAACUACUUUGAGAAAAUGGACAUCGUGGCUAACUACCACCCGGUGUUCAAAGCGUUCCUGGCCGGUUCCUUCUCAGGGACGUUCAGUACGAUUCUGUUCCAACCAUUGGACUUGGUGAAGACAAGGUUGCAGAAUCCUGGGCAACAUGUUGUUGCGGCGACAGUCAACAGCCGAAUUCAACCCGGCAUGAUCACAAUCUUCGUGAACAUAGUACGCCAGGAGCAAAUCAUCGGUCUAUGGCGGGGCAUGGUCCCCUCCAUAGCGCGAUGCGUUCCCGGCGUGGGCCUGUACUUCUCUUCCCUCCAUUGGCUGAAGACUAAGCUGGGCAAGAACAGACAAGACUUGGGCGCUAUGGAGGCGGUCGCGCUUGGUGUUAUUGCGAGGACCAUGAGCGGAGUCGCGCUGAUACCUAUCACUGUUAUUAAGACUAGAUACGAAUCAGGAUUAUUCAAAUACAACAGUCUCGGUGGGGCCCUGAAGGCGAUAUACAAGGCGGAGGGUUGGCGAGGCCUGUCGUGCGGGCUGGGCCCGACGCUAGCGAGGGACGCGCCGUUUUCGGGGCUCUACCUUAUGUUCUACACGCAGACGAAACAGGCUAUUCCCAAAGAAUGCCUCCAAUCCCCAGCCACGGCAAGUAUAGUGAACUUCUCGUGCGGCAUCGUGGCCGGCAUCGCGGCGUCGCUCGCCACCAACCCCGCGGACGUGCUGAAGACCAACAUGCAGCUGUACCCGGACAAAUUCCCCAACGCCUUUAGCGCUGCUGUUUACGUGCAUCAGACUUAUGGAAUCAAAGGCUACUUCAAAGGCGCAGUACCUCGAAUGCUUCGCAGAACUCUAAUGGCGGCGAUGGCUUGGACAGUGUUUGAACAGAUAACUCAUUCUAUCGGCCUCAAAUAGUCAAUUAUUCGCACGUGAUUUUACGUGCCUUAUGAGCAGUGCUUAGUGAAUCUAUGACCAUUAGUGUCCGACCGAAUCUUCGGCCACGGCUUCGGCCAAAGUGGAUAAAAGUUUUGGCCGAAGCCGAAGGUUUCUAACAAGUGUCGAAAUUGAACGAACUGUUACGAAUGCGCCACAGAGUAAUG